AUGCGGUCUCUCGCCAGCAAUGUGGGCAUCAAGGCCAUGGAAAUUUACUUUCCUAGUCGUUAUGUGCCACAAACCGAGCUCGAGACACACCUGGGGGCUAGUGCGGGAAAAUUCACUAUUGGAUUAGGUCAGCAGAAGAUGAGUUUCUGUGAUGACCGUGAAGAUACCUAUUCAAUGGCACUCACUACAGUCUCUUCUCUGCUGGAAAAAUACAAGAUCGACCCAAGCACAAUUGGCCGCUUGGAAGUAGGAACGGAAACACUUCUCGACAAAUCCAAGUCAUGCAAGUCUGUUCUCAUGCAACUCUUUGGCGAUAACACGGAUGUUGAAGGUGCUGACACUUAUAACGCUUGCUAUGGCGGAACGAAUGCCCUGCUAAAUGCAGUCAACUGGAUUGAAUCAUCCGCCUGGGAUGGUCGGGAUGCCAUCGUUGUCUCCUGCGACAUCGCUCUUUACGACAAGCCUGCCGCCCGCCCCACAGGCGGCGCUGGCUGUGUAGCCAUGUUGAUCGGCGCCGAUGCUCCUUUGGUGCUGGAGCCCUUCCGUGGGACCUAUAUGAAACAUGUCUAUGACUUCUACAAAGGGGAUUUCAAAUGCGAGUACCCAAGUUUCGAUGGGCAAUACUCCAACGCAUGUUACCUUGAAGCAUUGGAUAAUUGCUACGCUCGGUACCGGGCUAAAUCAAUGGCGAAGAGUGGUAAGCUCAUAAUUGGAGAUCCAGAGUGCAAAUCUGAUAGCCUCUUGGAGACAUUCCAGUAUUUCGUCUUCCAUGCACCUUACUGCAAGCUCGUCUCUAAGGCCUACGGCCGUUUGUUGUUCAACGAUCUUCGGACAGAGCCCGAGCACUAUGAUGAAAUCCCAGAUGCUGUUUGUGACGUCGGUUAUGCUGCUUCACGGACAGACAAAAUCAUCGAAAGGAUGUGUAUCGGAUUGACUAAGGAAAAGUUCGCUCGCCGCGUUCAACCAUCCCUCACAGCGCCUACAAAUUGUGGCAAUAUGUACACUGCUAGUGUUUACUCCGGGCUAGUGAGCUUGCUGAGCAAUGUUUCUAGUGAGGAACUACAGAACAGGAGGGUCGGCGUCUUUAGCUAUGGCGGUGGUUUGGCCAGUACUUUAUUCUCCUUCCGUGUCAGGGGAGAUACUUCCGGAAUUGCGGAACGGGUCGGGUUGAAUGAGCGGUUGGAAUCUCGUACUGCAGUGUCUGCAGAGUUCUAUGAUGAGGUCUGCAAUAUGCGGGAGAAAGCCUACCAACAGAAGAACUAUACGCCUGUGGGAAGCGUUGAUAGCCUGGCUCCCAAUACUUACUACCUUGUCCAUGUUGAUGAGCUAUUCCGACGAACCUAUGAGAAGAAGUCGGCUAUUUGA